AUGACUCAUGAGCUACACCUUGGAGUCAACAAUGAACCCAUGAGGAAUAAGGGAUUGGCUCUUAAGGCUGAUGAGGAGGAAGACUCAGAAGUGGACGAGGAUGAGGCUACCCUAAUUGUGCGAAGAUUCAAAAAGAUGUUCAAGAAAGGCCGAACCUCAAGGAACUUCGGGAAAAAGACCUCAAAUCCAAAACCUGACUACAGCUGCCACAAGUGUGGAUCCCUAGAUCACUUUAUCAGAGAUUGUCCCCUUUGGGAAAAUGAUAAAGGAAAAGGAAAGGCUAAGGAACAGGGAAGAGAAAAAUUCAGCAAAGCAAACUAUCAGAAGUCAGACAUGAGGAAGGCCAUGAUAGCAGCCUGGGGAGACUCAGAGAGUGAAGAAGAUGAUGAUGACCAGCCAGAAGAGGAGACAACCAAUCUUUGUUUAAUGGCCAAAUCAGAUGAUGAAAAGGCUUACCUUGAGGAACUCCAGAAAGAGGUAUUUCUUGAUCCUAAACAACUUAAAACUCUCUCUAAAGAUGUCUUGAUAGAUAUAAGUCUAGAAGAAGAAGAAUUCUUUAGAGAUACAUGUGUAAAAUUGAAUAAAUGUGAAAAAGCUCUUAAGGUUUACAAAGAACAUGGUGCUUGGUUGGAAACAGCCUAUGCCAAGUCUCAAAGCAAACUAAGAGAACUUGAUUUUAAAUACAAACACAUAACUGAGAUAGCUGAUAGAAUUAAGAAUGAAAGUAUUCUUCUGAAUGUUGAAUUAACUCAGUAUAAGCUCAUGAAUUCUGAUAUCAGUUCUAGCAGUUCCUCAGGCGAUCAAUUGCUUAAAUUCAAUGUUGAUUUUGAAAAUUUGAAAAACGAGCUUUCUAAUUUAAAAACCCAAAAGGAUCAACUUGAAUCGAAACUGAAUGCUAGAAAGGAUAGAAGUAUUGACCCAAAAGUCAUACCUAAGUGGAUAGCUGAAGCUCAAGGAAAAAGAACUGAAGGUCUUGGUUAUAUGACCAAGAAAGGUAAGCAAAAGAAAUAUGUUGAGCUUCCUAGCAUGAAGGUCCUAGUGAGGGGGAACAACUCGUGGUAUCUCGACAGCGGUUGUUCAAAGCAUAUGACAGGUGAUAAAUCAAAGUUCCUCUCACUAGAAGACUACCCUGGAGGAACAGUAACCUUUGGGGAUAAUAAGAAGGGCGAGAUCAUUGGAAAAGGGAAAAUUGGUAGAUCAAAAUCUCAUUCCAUUGUUAAUGUGUUCCUGGUCGAGGGCUUAAUGCACAAUUUUCUCAGUAUAUCACAAUUCUGUGAUAAAGGAAAUUCUGUAAGUUUUACUUCCGACUCUUGCAACAUCAUCAACAACAAGUCAGGAAAGGUUGUUCUGGAAGGAACUAGAAGAGGGAACACUUAUACAGUUGACCUCAACUUAAUCCCAAGGAACAACCUUACAUGUUUGAGUGUUGUUGAAGAUGAUCCCCUGCUAUGGCAUAAACGUUUUAGACAUGCUAGCUUUUCAUUACUGGAUAAGCUAAGGUCAAGGAACUUGGUUGUGGGACUUCCUGUUAUCAAGUUCCUACAGAACAAAGUUUGUGAUGCAUGUGUGAAAGGCAAGCAUGUUCGCUCAUCUUUUAAAUUGAAGAAAAUGGUGAGCAAUACAAAGCCUUUGGAAUUAAUCCAUAUGGAUUUGUGUGGUCCCAUGAGAAUUCAAAGCAGGAGUGGCAAGAAAUAUGUUUUGGUUAUUGUUGAUGAUUAUUCUAGAUUCACUUGGGUUAUUUUUCUUGCUAGUAAAGAUGAAAAUUUUAACGAGUUUGUUGCUUUUGCCAAGAAAAUACAGAAAAUUAGUGGUCACUCCAUAGUCCAUCUCAGAUCAGAUCACAGAACUGAAUUUGAGAACUCAAGAUUCGAUGAGUUUUGCAGGGAAAAUGGCAUGAAUCAUAACUUCUCAGCUCCAAGGACUCCCCAACAGAAUGGAGUUGUAGAAAGGAAGAAUCGAACCCUUGAGGAAAUGGCUAGAACGAUGUUGAUUGCAAGUGGAUUGCCAAGGAACUUCUGGGCUGAAGCCGUGAAUACAGCAUGUUACAUCCUUAACAGGGUAACAAUCAGAACUAUCAUCAACAAGACUCCCUAUAAACUAUUCAGGGGAAGAAAGCCAAACAUAUCUCAUCUUAGAGCCUUUGGUUGUAAGUGCUUUGUACAUAACAAUGGUAAGAAAAACCUAGGGAAAUUUGAUGAAAGAAGUGAAGAGGCCAUAUUUCUAGGAUAUGCCUCUGAUAGCAAAGCUUAUAGAGUUUACAAUAAAAGCUCAAUGUGUGUUGAGGAAAGCAUUCAUAUAAUCUUUGAUGAAGUUAACCAGUUUGUGAGUGUACAGGAACAAGAAGAUGAUAAUGAUUUUGAAAUUGGAUUGAUAAGAGACAGGGAUGAAGAAGAGACCCAAAAGCAAACCCAAAUAAAAGCAGCAUGCUCCAGAAGAGGAUCAUCAAGAAAAUGGAGAGGUUCCUCAACCAGAUGA